GGUGCUUUUACUAGUGCCAAGGAAGCCGCUGUUGCAGUGGCACACACAGAAAGGGACCCUCAGAUGGAUUUUGUCCACAGCAUCGGGGUGCUGGUUAUACAGCACUUGCAGAACAACUACAGGGAAUGUCACGACUUCCUCAGCUUCAUGUCAACUGUGGGUGACCCUCGUAAUAUUUUCUCUGUUUAUUUCCCUCUCUGGUUCCAUCUCAGUCACAAUGUUGGCACCAAGAUGAUAUGGGUGGCUGUUAUUGGAGAUUGGUUCAAUCUUAUUUUCAAAUGGAUUCUUUUUGGUCAGCGACCUUACUGGUGGGUCCAAGAAACUCACUUCUACCGCAACAAUUCAUUCCCAUAUUUGGAGCAAUUUCCCAUCACAUGUGAAACGGGGCCAGGUAGUCCAUCUGGUCAUGCCAUGGGUUCAUCUUCUGUGUGGUAUGUGAUGAUCACCUCUGCUCUCAACUUUACCAGGCCUUCCUCCAGUGCCACAUCUGUGCAGAGUUUUCAAAGGUUUCGUCUUCUGAGGUCUGGUCUGUGGAUGGCUUUUUGGGUCAUUCAGAUAAGCGUUUGCAUCUCCAGGGUUUUUAUUGCAACACAUUUUCCACAUCAGGUUAUCCUUGGUCUUUUAGCAGGUAUGCUGGUUGCUGCGGUGUUUGAUCACAUCCCCUCAGUCUACAGCGCAAACUUGAAAGUGUAUCUCCAGACCAAUGUUUUUCUUUUCUGUAUUGCUGUUUGCUUUUAUCUGCUCCUCAAAUUGAUGGACAUUGAUCUUCUUUGGUCAGUUACUAAAGCCAAGAAGUGGUGUGCUAACCCAGAGUGGAUCCAUCUCGACACCACCCCUUUUGCUGGUCUUUUUAGAAACCUUGGAGCCUUGUUUGGUCUGGGCCUGGCGGUAAACUCUGAGAUGUUCACUCAGAGCUGUAAGGGGAAAAACGGCUACAAAACCAGAUUUAAACUCAUGUGUGUGACAGCAACUCUCACAUGUCUGCAGCUGUACGAUUUCAUCAAAAUACCCACUCACACUGAGGUUCUGUUUUACAUACUGUCAUUUUGUAAGAGCGCUUCAGUACCUCUCGGUGUGGUUGCCGUUAUUCCUUACUGUGUUCAUUUGUUGGUCGGAGAUGAGGACAGGAAGCUAGCUUAGAUUGUGGAGCAAUUUGUAUCAUUUCUCACACCGCUUUUUAGCUAGCAUUUAAGGAUAGCAAAUGGAUUACGUAAGCAGACAAGUGGGCACACAUAUACCACCUGUCAGACUGUUAGUCACAGUUAUUGCACAGUCACAUACGCACUGAAAUUGCAAUAUAUGUUGAAAUAAGUUUCAUUGCUGGGUUAACAAUAAAAUAUGUUACAUGGGCUUUAUGUGAUGAAUUUAGCAAAGCAUGAGAUGUGUAGCCUACCUGAGUUUUUGACUUUUCUUUUUUGUGUUAGUUUUACAUGUACAGUAUAACCCAUUUUAUGAGUGUAUAUGUUAA